CGUCAUGCCCAGAGCUUUCCUGGUGAAGAGAAGAACCCCACCGCCCAUCGUCCGCAGCUGGGAUGAGCUCCCGGACGAGGAGAGAGCGGACACCUACAUACCUGACAGCAUUGACUGCAUCUUCAAGUAUGUGACUGAGGACAGCCUGAGUAACAGUAGCAGUGCAGGAGACCCUGUGGCCGACAGUCCAGAGAGGGCCAGCAGUGACUCCAGCCUCUGUAAUGGGAGUCUCACCACCCCCAGUGGCCUUGACCAGUGUGGAGAUGCCUUGUCCCCUGAAGCAGAAGGAAGCAGCCAAGAUAAUGCUGAAGAACAGGCUUUGGACCUUAAGCGAUCAUCUAGCAGAUCCAAAAUUAAGGUCACCACCGGAACACUCAGCGAGGAUAUUUAUAGCUGUGACAUCUGUGGUAAAGGGUUCCGCUUGCAGCGCAUGCUUAAUCGUCAUCUCAAGUGCCAUAACCAGGUUAAAAGACACCUCUGCAACUUCUGCGGCAAAGGGUUCAAUGACACAUUUGAUCUGAAGAGACAUGUGAGGACUCACACAGGAAUUCGUCCUUACAAGUGUGAAAUCUGUAACAAAGCAUUUACCCAGCGCUGUUCCCUGGAAUCCCACCUAAAAAAAAUCCACGGGGUGCAGCAAGGCUUUGGGUACAAGCAAAGGAGGGACAAGUUGUUUGUUUGUGAGGAGUGUGGCUACACUGGACCCUCCCAGGAGGAUUUAUACCUGCACGUUUACAACAGCCACCCUGGCAGUGCCUUUCUCAAGAAAACCACCAAAAAACUGGCAGCACUUUUGCAACACAAAAUCACAUCUGUGCUGCAGGUCAGCCCCACUAAUGAAGAAGAAAACCAGUAAAAA